AUGAGACAAUAAAAUAAUCAUAUAUAGAACUUGCAUUUGAUUGCUGCAAGACUUAGUACUGCAAAAUCCAAUUAAAAAUCUUUCUUAAAUGAAAGUUGUUAGAUAUUAACCUAAUAAACUAAUUUAUCAAUCAAUUAAUCAUUUAGCAGUCCUAAAUAUAUAUCCAAUUAACAUUCAUUUAUAAUAACAUAACCUGUUAAUUCAAGUAUGAGCAUGAGAGAUACCUAAUAGAAUUUUAAAUGUAGUUCUCCAUCAAUGAGAAUAUAAACAGAAAAUAAUGAAAAAGAUGAUAAAAAACAAUAAUAAUUUAUUGAAGCAACCUUUAAAUUAUUAGCCUAAAAUGAAAAACUAGAAAAAUUGAUAAGUUAAUAAAAUGAAAUGCUUUAGAUGUAUAAAGAUGAUAAAAAAGAACUAGAAAUGACAAUAAAGAGAUUGAAUUAAGAAAUAUAGUUUCUUAAAGAGGCUAAUUAAAAAUAAGUCUCUUUGUUAGAAAAAUAACUAAAAUAAGUGAAAGGAAAGUCAUAUCAUCUUCCCAAAAAACUUUUCAAAUGA